GCCAAUCACUAUGGGAAGGACUGUGUCCAGCGGUGUUCCUGUGGCCCAGGACAGUGUGACCCAGUGACUGGAGAGUGCCACUGUUCACCUGGCCAAAUGGGAGCCAAGUGUCAGCAAGGAUGUCCCCAGACAAGGUAUGGCCCAAAUUGUGAGCUAAUAUGUACCUGUAAAAAUGGUGGCCUUUGCAAUCCUGUGGAUGGAAGCUGUACCUGUGGCCUUGGAUGGACAGGAAAUUAUUGUGAAAAAAAAUGUUUCCCUGGGUAUUAUGGCCCAGGCUGCCAUUUUACUUGCACCUGUCAGAACAGUGGAGUUUGCAACAGGUUUUCUGGAAGCUGUGAGUGCCUCCAAGGUUACUAUGGGAGAGACUGUGAACAUGCAUGCCUUCCUGGAUUUUAUGGUUUGAAUUGUGCUCACAUCUGUGACUGCAGAAACGGAGCCAGUUGUGAUGCAACGAGUGGACAGUGCAUUUGCCCAGCAGGUUUCCAUGGCAGCCAGUGUGAAAAAGAAUGUUCACCUGGAAUGUUUGGAGACAAUUGCCAGCAUCUUUGUGACUGUGAAAGCAAAAUCUCCUGCCACCCAGUAACGGGAAAGUGCCUCUGCCCACCUGGAAGAGCUGGAGCCAGAUGUGAAGCUGAAUGCAGGCCAGGCCAAUAUGGACCUAACUGCGCUCUGACGUGCCAAUGUGUCCACAGGACUCAGUGCAACCCGCUCAAUGGGAGCUGUACUUGCCCUUCAAAGAGAAUGGGUCCAACCUGUGAGGAAAACGUUUUGGAUGAUCUUCAAUAACGGAACACUAGCAGCUUUUCAGUGGGUG